CAUGACCUUCGGCCUCCUGAACUGUCGGGCAUGUUUAUUGGGUGAUCAGUCACGGUUUACGGCUCAAUCUGUGUAAAACACACACUUCUCAAUACACUCACACAGGAUUCAGACGACAGGCUUCUGAUCGAGGACACCAGUGAACAUGAAGGUGUAUGUGAGCUUAUUUGUGCUGAUCGCUGCCCUCAUGUCCUACAUGUGGAGAGAUACGUUUGAUCCAGAUUCGGUUCGCGGGGCCCGAGUGUUGAUCACAGGGGCCAGUUCAGGGAUCGGGGAGCAGAUGGCCUACCAUUACGCUAAGUUUGGGGCUCAGAUCAUCAUCACUGCGAGACGAUUAGAGGCUUUAAAAAAGGUGGCGCAGAAGUGUGUGAAACUGGGCGCACAGAAGAUGAUGUAUAUGACCGGAGACAUGUCGGACCCCGCGGACCCCGAGAGAGUCGUCAAAUACGCUGUGGAAAAACUGGGUGGACUGGACUUUCUAGUGUUGAAUCAUGUUGGAGACACUAACGUAGAGUUCUGGAACAGAGACGCAGACCACGUCAGGUCACUCAUGCAGGUGAAUUUUGUGAGUUACACACAGAUGACAGCAGCAGCUCUUCCUGCGCUGGAGACAUCCGCUGGAUCCAUCAUAGUAGUUUCCUCAAUGGCAGGUAAGUUGGCGAGUCCGUUCGUGGCUCCGUACACCUCCACUAAGUUUGCCAUGAACGGAUUCUUCGGGGCGAUGCAGAGUGAACUGGCAAUGCAGAAGAGCAACGUGUCGGUGUCCAUCAUGAUCCUCGGACUGAUCGACACAGAGUCGGCCAUGAGGAAGAUCAGAGGAUUCAGCACGAUGACGGCCUAUCCAGCGAGUGAAGCGGCUCUGAGCAUCAUCAAAGCCGGGGCGUCCCGUCAGAAAGAGGCCUACUACCCCUGGUUCCACUAUUUCACCUGCCUGAUCAACAACGUCUUCCCCUUCCUGAAAGAUCUUCUGCUGUCAGGCCUCAGCAAGGACAACAAGGACUAAUACAGGUCCAGAAUUCAGACAUUAACGGGACCAUCUGUCUGGAUUGCCACCAGAAACUUUGAAUGGCUAAACUUGAAUAAUUGCAUUGAAAAACUGAAUUUAAAUCACAUAAUUUGAAACUGUAUCGUUUUAUUAAAAUUGAAUUUAUUCAAAAACUGAA